AACUUAUUUACGCUCAAUGUUUUGAAUCUACAACCAAUGUGAUGAAUACUACUAAGAAGGCAAUCUGUCCACAGUUCAUCUGCGAAAAAUAUCAAUGCGUGAAUUCUACACUUGAGAAAUUUUAUCAUUGGAUUGAUCGUGACGUUGAAAAAGACAUUAUAAUUGCUCGCAUUGAGCAGAUUCUCGAAGAUGAAUUUGUAAAUAUUCAUGAAUUUGUCCAACAUUUAACUUCGGAUCACACGACAAAGAAUAUGCUACCUUUUAUUGGUUUUCUAUUCGAAAAUCAUAGGAACCUUACCAACUUUGGGUUGCGUCAUGACAAAAUGACAGCAAAAAGACAUGCCAUGGAAUAUUAUGAAAAAUCCGCACAAAAUGAAAAUCAAUACGGGCAACUCUUUCUCGGCAAUAUCUUGUUUGGGAAUCAUUCAACGAAAAAAGCAAUCUACUGUAGCGGCCUAAUAAAUAAAAGUUUCGCAAAGACAGUAACUACUCCCACCACCAACACCACCUCGCCUAAUCCUAUCCCUAUAUUAAAUCCUUUAACGGACUUUUUCUCGGAAACCUACCCGGACGAUAUUUUGGAUUUCUCUGUAAUUGGAGAUUGGGGAUUUCCUGGUGAAAACCAAACGCAAACUUCUAAUGCUAUGAGUGUAUAUGCUGAUCGAUUCGACACCAAAUUUAUUAUAAAUGUUGGCGAUAGUUUUUACGUAGGCGGGAUUUACACCUAUGAUGGGGUGAGUAACGCAAGUGAUCCAAAAUUCAACACAAUUUGGAAAAAGACAUAUACCGGAAAAUUGGGGGAAAUUCCAUGGUAUGGUGUUGCGGGAAAUCAUGAAUGGUAUAAUAAUGUGACGGCGGAAGUGGAUUACAGUCGUACCGUAGAUGCACGAUUUUUCCUUCCUUCACUCUACUACACGCGUGUCUCACUUGUUGGUCCUAACCAAGAUAAGAUUGCGUGGAUCCAUAUCGAUACCAACCCAUUCUAUUAUACGGAUCUUACAAAAACGAAGAAAAAAGCACCAGUCAUGUAUAAUGCUUUUGUUCGACAAGGUUGGAACACUCCUGAUGCCGUAGAGAAUUUAUUGAAAUGGGUCGAAGAUCAACUUGUCGCGCACCAAGACGCCAAAUGGAUCUUUGUGAUUGGUCAUCAUCCAUUAGUAGGCACCUGCCAAAAUUUUGGGAAAAUGAAUCGUCUUCCACCAUUAUUUGAAAAUUAUCGGGUAGCCGCUUAUUUUUCUGGUCAUAAUCACGCGUUGGCAUAUCAACAACCAACAAAGUCCUCAUCGGUUGAAUAUUUCUUAGUAGGAUCUGGAAGUAAAGUAGACGAUAUUUGUGACGGUCGUACUUGGGGGGUUUUUAAAACAGGAUUUGUACAUAUUACAUUAUCGACUUAUAAUGAUACAGCGGAUUUCCAAUAUGUUGACGCCUCAGAUCCGAAUAAAUCUGGUGGUGUUGUUGCUUAUUCUGGAACUAUAAAACCUCGUCCACCCCAUAAAAAGUAG